GGUAAUUUCCUCAAUUUUGGCAAAAAGUAAUAAUUAGUGAUAUGAAUACUAUAUAAGAUAUAAAGUAUAAAAAGACUUAAGACGUAAAAGCAGAUAUAAAGUUGUAAGUCUCUUAACUCUCUUCAAUCAAAACUUAUAUAAUAGAAGUUAACGAUUAAUAUUUAGGAGAUAUUAUAGAAUACUGUAUGAUAUUUGAAUGAUAUUGAUAUAAAAAAACUCAACGAUAUUUUUGCUGCAAACAAAUAAAACAUAUAAAAAUGGGACGAAAAGGAAAGAAAAAACAAAAUGUGCAGAAUCAUCCACACUCAUCUAUUUCACAAGAAAAUAGCCCAGACCAACAACAAAAUCCAAGUGAUUUACAACAGCAAUAUGUUUCACAACCACAAGUACAUAGUCAACACCAGCAAUCGGACAUUUCACAUGCAUGUCCAAAACAACAGUCAGAUAGUCCUCAGCAACAAGCAUGGACAUAUGAUCAACAACAACAACAACAUAGUUCACCGCAACAACAUAGUCAAAGGCAACAGUUGAAUAGUCCUCAACAACAAGCAUGGAGACCUAGUCAACAACAACAUAGUUCACCACAACAAUUACAUGGUCAAAGGCAACAGUCGAAUAGUCCUCAGCAACAAGCAUGGAGACUUAAUCAACAACAUAGUUCACCACAACAACCACAUGGUCAAAGGCAACAGUCAAAUAGUCCUCAGCAACAAGCAUGGAGAUCUAAUCAACAACAACAACAUAGUUCACCACAACAACCACAUGGUCAAAGGCAACAGUCAAAUAGUCCUCAGCAACAAGCAUGGAGAUCUAAUCAACAACAACAACAUAGUUCACCGCAACAACUACAUUGUCAAAGGCAACAAUCGAAUAGUCCUCAGCAACAAGCAUGGAGACCUAAUCAGCAACAACAACAUAGUUCACCGCAACAAUCACAUAGUCAAAGGCAACAGUCAAAUAGUCCUCAGCAACAAGCAUGGAGACUUAAUCAACAACAUAGUUCACCGCAACAACCACAUAGUCAAAGACAACAAUCGAAUAGUCCUCAGCAACAAGCAUGGAGACCUAAUCCACAACAUAGUUCACCGCAACAACCACAUAGUGAAAGACAACAGUCGAAUAGUCCUCAGCAACAAGCAUGGAGACCUAAUUCACAACAUAGUUCACCGCAACAACCACAUAGUGAAAGACAACAGUCGAAUAGUCCUCAGCAACAAGCAUGGAGACCUAAUCCACAACAUAGUUCACCGCAACAACUACAUAGCCAAAGGCAACAAUCGAAUAGUCCUCAGCAACAAGCAUGGAGAUCUAACCAACAACAGCAUAGCUCACCGCAACAACCACAUAGUCAAAGACAACAGUCGAAUAGUCCUCAGCAACAAGCAUGGAGACCUAAUCAACAACAACAUAGUUCACCGCAACAACCACAUAGUCAAAGACAACAGUCGAAUAGUCCUCAGCAACAAGCAUGGAGACCUAAUCAACAACAACAACAACAACAACAACAACAACAACAACAUAGUUCACCACAACAAUCACAUAGUCAAAGGCAACAGCUUAGUAUCUCACAUCAAGAAAUAAUGUCAGAUAAUCAUCAAGAACAACAACAACCAAGUGGUUCACAAGAAUUACAUAGUCUGCAACAGUCAUCUGUUUCACAGCUAUCUCAUUCAGAACAGUCACAGCAGGAAACUGCUGUUGUUUUAAAAAAAAUUGAUUCAUUUACACAAAAUAUGCAUGAUAUGUAUUUGGCUCAAAUACCAAAACGAACUAAUCAAAUAAAUAAAUUAGGUAGAAAUAUUAUUGUGGAAACAAAUAUGCUUAAACUCAUUUUUGCACAAAAUUUUCAAACAAAUAUUAUACAUUAUGAUGUAAUCAUAACACCAGAUAAACCAAAAUUUUUAUUAAGGACUGUUUUUGAAGAAUUUAGAAAAAAGCAAUGUCCAAAAAGAUAUCCUGCAUUUGAUGGCAAAAAAAAUGCAUAUAGUGCAAAAAUUCUUCCUUUUGGUGAUAAAAGUAAGGAAGAAGAAGUAAAAAUUGUCGAUGCUAAUACAGGAAAAGAAAGAAAUUUCAAAAUAUAUUUAAAUAAAGUUGCAUCUCUUGAUUUAUCAUGGUUAACAAGUCUAAAAUGUGAUUUGAUGGAUUCUGAAAGGAAUCAAAAAUGUAUACAAGCAUUAGAUAUUAUUUUACGUCAUGGACCUGCAUACCAAUAUACAACGGUUGGCAGAUCACUUUUUCAACCACCAGAACCAGGAAGGAUUGUAUCAUUAUCAAAUGGAUUAGAUUUAUGGGUUGGUGUAUUUCAAUCUGUUAUAAUUGGAUCUAAACCAUAUUUAAAUAUAGAUGUUGCACAUAAAGGAUUUCCUAAAAGUCAAUCAGUUAUUGAUUUGAUGAAAGAACUAUGUAAUGUACAGGAUUUAACUCCAAAAGAUAUAGAACGCAAUCUUGUUAAUAUAAAUAAAUUUUUAAAAGGAUUAAAAAUUCAAUAUGAAUUACCUGGACAACCUACUACUAAAAGAACUUAUCGUGUAAAUAAAUUAGUUGAUUCUCCAAGAGAAAAUAAAUUUCAUUUGGAAGAUCAAACUUUAUAUUCGGUUGAAAAAUAUUUUUUGCAAAUUAAAAAAUAUUCAAUAAAAUAUCCCAAUCUGCCAUGCCUUUGGGUAGGAUCUCGGAAUAACUCAAUUUAUUUACCUGUUGAGUUAUGCACGAUAAUUGCCGGACAAGUUAUACACAAAGAAAUGAAUAAAAUUCAAACUUCUAAGAUGAUUCGUGAAACAGCAACUAAUACACAAAAACGUAAAGAAAAAAUUAUGAAUAGUUUUGCUAAGAUGAAUUUAAAUCAGCAGCCAACUUUAAUGAAUGAAUUUCAUUUUUCUGUAAAUGCAGAAUUUGAAAAAGUACCAGCAAGAGUUCUAAAAGCUCCAAAAUUACAGUAUAAAGAAAAAGAAGUUACUGUAUGUAAGGGAACAUGGAAAGCAGAAAAAUUUUUUAGUCCUUGUGUUUUACCAAAGAAUUUAUGGACUAUUUUAAACUUGGAUAAAUUCGUGCAUACUCAUGAUUUAUAUAAUUUACAUGAAAAACUACUUCAUGGUGGUAAGUUCUUGAACAUGGAGAUUGAAGAAGCACAAACUCCAUUUACAAAUUUAACUAUUAAAACAAAUAUUAGUAAUAUUAUCGAAUAUUUUAAAGAUAAAAAGAAACAAAAUAUACUACUUGUAAUAGUGAUACUUCCAAAUUUAGAGAAUGCAUAUAGUAUUGUAAAGCAAAUUUCUGAACUUCAAAUACAUGAAGGUAUUGUAACUCAAUGUAUAAAAAAUCAAACUUUAAAAAAAUUAAAUGAUUCAACAAUUGGGAAUAUUCUGUUAAAAAUUAAUUCAAAGCUUAAUGGUAUUAAUCAUAUUAUUACUCCUACUAAUCGUCCAAAUUGUCUACAUAAGCCAUGUAUGAUAAUUGGUGCAGAUGUGACUCAUCCAUCACCUGAUGCUAUAAAUGUACCCUCAAUUGCAGCUGUAGCAGCAAGUCAUGAUCCAAAUGCUUUUAAGUAUAAUGUUGAAAUAAGACUUCAAUCACCGAGAGAAGAAAUAAUUCAAGAUUUGGAAGAAAUUAUGAUCAUUCAAUUGAAAUACUUUUAUACAACAACGAGACAAAAACCUCAGAAAUUAAUUUUUUAUCGAGAUGGAGUAAGUGAAGGACAACUUACACAAAUAAUGCAUAAAGAAUUAUCUGCAAUAAAAAAAGCUAUUGCACGUUUAGAGAAAUCUGAUGAAUUAAAAAUCCCAAUCACAUUUCUUGUAGUUCAAAAACGACAUCAUGUACGCCUUUUUCCAACUGAUGUGAAGAAUUCUGAUGAUAAAAAUUUUAAUGUACAAGCGGGAACUAUUGUUGAUACUGAAAUUACACAUCCAACUCAUAUAGAUUUUUAUCUUGUAUCUCAUACUAGCAUACAAGGUACUGCUAGGCCUACAAAAUAUAGAUGUAUAUGCAAUGAAAAUCAAAUGCCUGAAAAUGAAAUUGAACAACUUACAUAUUAUCUUUGUCAUAUGUUUGCACGUUGUACAAGAUCUGUUAGUUAUCCUGCGCCUACAUAUUAUGCUCAUUUAGCUGCUUUUAGAGCAAGAGCAUUAAUACACAAUAUUCCAUUGAAUAUAGAUAAUCUGCAAGAGGAACAGCGGAAAAAAAUGACCUUAAGAAUAAAUAAAAGUUCACCUAUGUUUUUUGUAUAAAAUAAAUAUAUUAUUUUAAUAUGUAAUAUGUAAUAUGUAAUAUGUAAUAUUCUUGAA